CCAGUGUGGCGAUGUGCCACAAUAAUAGAUUUUUUGCUGCUGAUGUGGUGGCAGAAGUAACAUAGUGUGGCAGUGUACUAGGAUCUACUUCUUGUUCUCUGUUUUUUCUUUGUUCUUUCUUGAUAUUCUUGAAGGCCAUGCUUUCAUUGCACCUGUUGCUGCUAUACUUGUCAUGCUUGCUGUCAAUGUGCUCAUGACAUCAGCCUUUAAGAACUAACAAGCAGGGAUAUUUGGUAACUAUAGCAGACAUUACACUCACCUAUAUUUAUGUUCUAGAUAGUAAUGUGGUUAACUAGUUAAAAUGCAAAGCUUUGUUGGGGUGAGCCUCAGUGAGAACAGACACAAAAUAGUGAUUUGUCAGUAGAGAGCUUUUUUGUUAUGCCGUAUGUGUAUCAUUGGAUGAAUAGUUGUUACUUAAUGGUUUGCAUUGUAAGUACCACUGGGUGUAUUACCUGUAUAAUUUUGCUGAUUUCAGUGUUUUCGCUUCUUGGUAGAGGCAGGCAAUUGCAUUCGAUCGUGAUGGAUUUAUAUUUGACAUCUUGUUGGCAUUUUGUCGAACUGGAAGGCUCACUGUUCCAUCAUUUGUGAGCAUGGCAGCUGUUUUGGAUGAAGCAAAGUUCUUCCAGUUAGACAAGUAUCUUUGUGAUCCAAAGUUUGCUAAUUCUCCACGAUAUCAUUUAACUUUCAAGCGUGACAGGACCUACAGACUGGCUAUGAAGCAGGAGCAAGGGUGUCUGGUCAACUGCCUCUUUGUUGUCAGAGACAGUGAUCGUUUGAUUGUAAAGGAGAUACGUGAGUCAAGCAUGAGGCUAUUAGUGGAUGUGAAACUAGAAAAUGGUGACAUUAAAGCUAAAGACUAUGUAUUAUAUGACCCUCACCAACCGAGACAAGUACCGGUUCUUCGUGGUGGCCAUAUUUACACAUUUCGUCUUGGUCUUCCUACAGAUAUCAGCAGAGGUGUUCCAAUACCAACCAUGGACAUUAUAUUCCAAGAGUUGUUGGUGUUUGGUGAGCAUGAACAGCUAGUUGACAUAUCUGCCAAUAGUGAUAGAGAUUAAGUACUUAAUUUUGUUUUUUACUCUCUUGUGUUACACUGUAAAAGUAUCGUUUGGUCUCUUGUUUGUGGCGACUAACUGUGUAAGUUUGUAGUAAUAGUCAUCAUUAUACGUGUCUAUCGUCCAUCA